AUGGCUACCAAUCCUGAAAGUACUAUUGUUCCUCCUAACGACACUUCUACACCUCCAGCUCUUCCUGCAUCUACUUCUGCAUCAACGGAGCCCUCUCCUUACUACCUUCAUCCAUCCGACAACCCUGGUGCCCUUAUCACCUCUGUUCUCCUUCAAGGAGAUAACUACUCCGAAUGGGCAACAGAGCUUUCUAAUUCGUUGCAGGCUAAACAUAAACUUGGAUUCAUUAAUGGAUCUUUUGUUAAGCCUGCUGCGGAUCCAGAUCUUUCUCGUUGGCUAGCAACCAACUCGAUGAUUGUUGGGUGGAUCCGUACGUCCAUAGACCCUAAAAUCCGAUUUACAGUGACCUUUGUUCUUGAAGCACACAAGCUUUGGGAUAAUCUACAACACCGCUUCUCUGUCAAAAGUGGUGUCCGCAUCCAUCAACUCCGCAAUAAAAUCAACAAUUGUCGUCAGAACGGCCAAACUGUUCAAGAGUUUUUUGGUCGUCCUUCCAAACUCUGGGAAGAUCUUGACACCUUGAAGAUAACACGUUCCUGCUCAAGUGAUACCUCACCUGAAAUUGAGAAAGAACGUGAAGACAUAAGGGUUCAUAAAUUUCUUUUUGGCCUUGAUGAAUCACGUUUCCGCAACGUACACUCUAAGAUUAUUGAUGAAGAUCCUCUACCUGACCUCAACAUCGUCUACUCCCGUGUCAUUCGUGAAGAACAACAUCUCAACUCUGCUCGCACCACCGAAGUUAAAGCCGAAGUUGUUGGCUUCUCUGUUACUGCAGAUGGCUCCAAACUUGAUGACUCUCGUGGUUCUAUUGUUGUUGCUGCUUCUGCUCGUUCCCGUGAUCCAAACCGAUACUGCUCUCGCAAAGGACAUGACAAUUCAGAGUGUUUUCUUCUUCAUGGUUACCCUGAGUGGUGGCAAGAGCAACAACGUCAAAACGCUUCCUCUGGUUCUGGACAACGUGGUCGUGGUGGCAAUCGUUUCUGCAACUCUGGUCGUGGUCGUGGCAGAUCAAAUCCUCCUCGUGCUAUCUCCAACAAUGCCACAACUCCAUCGAACGUGGGAUGGAACACCGAUCAGAUCACUCAACUUCUACAACUACUCCAAACACCUCGUACUACGAUCUCUUUUGAAAAGCUGUCCGGUAAAGCAAACCUCUAUGAUAUUAUUAUUGAUACAGGAGCCUCUCAUCACAUGACUGGCUAUCUAUCUCUUCUAACUGACGUCUUCGACAUUCUACCCUCUGCUGUUACUUUUCCGGAUGGAAAAUCUUCUCGGGCCGUAAAAUGCGGCAAACAUGUCAUAAGCCGAGAUUACUAUCUACUUUAUGUCCUCUAUGUCCCUAAUUUCAAUUGCACAUUGAUUUCUGUCUCACGUUUGCUUAAACAAACCGGUUGUAUUGCCAUAUUUACUGACACCUUAUGCGUCUUGCAGGACCGUUUUACAAAGACCCUGAUUGGAACGGGUGAGGAACAUGACGGGGUUUAUUAUUUUACGGGUGUCACCGCUGCACGGGUACAUCGGACCGCUGCUCAUCAAAUCUCUUCUUCAAAACUCUGGCAUCGCCGUCUCGGAUACCCUUCUUCUCGUGUUUUAUCUUCUUUACCGGUUUUCACUGACUAG